UUUGAAUCUUUAUAACCAACUUUUCGACAGAACAUCGUCAUCAUCAUUUUUAAAUUUCCACAACACUAUUGCUUUCUAACAAGUUUGUUAUUGAUUUUAACUAAUUUGCAAAUAUGAUGGACAUAUGUUUAAUUUAAACUACCUUUUGCCAUUAAUACUUGCAAUAUUUGCACAGAGCUCUGUAGAGUCAUGUAAGAAAAAACAUAAGUUCGUUAAAAAAUAAAUACAAAAAAAAUCAAAUGUUAAGAAUUAUGAAAAAGAAAGAAACAGUAAAAAUUAAUUAAAAUUGUAAAAGAAAUAUCGUUUUUGCAUUGCAAUGACAGUCAUAUACUCAGCCGAUGUGGCGACAGCUGGUUGUGGCUUCCUCAAACUCCUACUCAGAUGGCGUGGUAGCAUAUAUAAGUUGCUGAAGGUUGAUUUUUUCCUCUACGUAAUGACGUUUUAUAGCUUGGCCUUGAUUUAUCGAUUCGUCCUGACGUCGGAUCAACAAACAAUUUUCUACUUUAUCGCAGAGCACUGCCACGUCUUCAACAGUUCAACUGCGUUGGCCUUUGUACUCGGUUUCUUCAUAAACCUGGUAAUGCAGCGAUGGAACAGCCUGGUGGGCAGCAUUCCAUCUCCAGACAGAAUGGCCAUGUUUGUGACUGCCAACAUCAGGGGACACGACGACAAGGUGAGGCUCAUGAGGCGGACCAUCAUGAGAUACUUGUGUCUGUCCUACUUGAUCACAUUAUCAUCAAUCAGUCCAGUUGUUAAGAAGAAGUUCCCAAAGUUUAAAAACAUGGUUGAGGCUGGUUUUAUGUUGGAGAAUGAACUGCAGGUGAUAGAGAACAUAGAUUCGAGGGACAACAAAUAUUUCGUUCCGAUUGCCUGGUGCACCACUCUGCUGGCCAGAGCUCGCCUCGAGGGCAAGAUCAAGGAUGAGUCUGCUCUGAAAACGUUGAUCGAUGAAGUUAACGACUUUCGAGGAAAACUGGGAGGUCUGUUCACGUUCGACUGGGCUCCGUUGCCGCUCGUCUACACGCAGGUGGUCACAAUUGCGGUGUACAGUUAUUUCAUCCCAGCGUUGAUCUGCAAACAGUUCCGAUACGGGCCAGGCAACUUUCUCAUUUACCAGGAUUGGUUCCCAAUUUUCACUUUUUUGGAAUACUUUUUCUACGUUGGAUGGCUAAAAGUUGGUGAAUCUUUCAUAAAUCCUUUUGGGAAAGAUGAUGACGAUGUGGAUUUCACAACAUUGAUUGAUAGAAAUUUAAGGGUGUCUUACCUGGUUGUAGAUGACAUGCACAGCGAACAUCCAGAACUAAUAAAGGAUCAAUAUUGGGAAACCACGUUUUCACAAACACCGGGUCAAGAACAUACUUCCGGCCCGAAUAACAUGUCCUAUCUGGGAUCUGCUCUUGACGUUCAAUUGAAAGAAUCCGGAAAACAUCGGUCGAUAGAUGGAAACAAACAAGAAAAAUCCUGGUGGAGAAAGGGAAGUAAAGCCUCCUCGGGAACCGAUCGUCAAAACUCUGCUAAUUCUGACAAAGAUGCCCAAAAUGUGAAACUCUCUUCUAAGAAAAAGCAAAAAAGUAGUAUCGACUCCUCAACUGAAGAUGGAAAGCUUUCAAAAAAUAGAGAUUGUGAUAACAGACGCCGAUGAAAAAAACCUAAAAAACAUGCUGGAGCCUGUUCUGGAACGUGAUGAAGCUUCUCCUAGCCCCACGUCCUUUAUGCUUUCCUCCCAUCACAAAAAUCAGGAAGGCCCAGAUGACACCUACCCUGGCAAAAUAUUGCUCUAAACCUCCUUGGAGGAAAAAAUUAAAAUAAUGUGUGUGGUAAUUUAGGUUAUGUGCGCACUUUAAUUCAAGUGCAAACUUUGGAGAUUUAAGUCUUAUAAUCCAUUUCGAUAUUAAUGUUUAAAACUUAUAUGUACUAUCGUAUGUGGUAAAAAUAAUAAUGUUUUGAACGGUUAUGGAAAAUUAUUCUUUUUUUUUGUGGAUAUUUCGUCUGGUUUAGGCUAUUUUAUCACGACUUUUUGUUGUCCCAUUAAUUUUUAAUAAUAGCGUUGAUAUUAUUAAGCAAUUAAUUUUGUUCCUAAAAACCAUACUUUUUUCAUAUUAAAUUUAAAUACAUCCAGUGAGCUACAAAAAAUGUCACAUAAUGAUUUUAGGUCUUAUAUCAAAACCUCAAAAUAUUGGUAUUACCAAGUAUAACCAUUAGUAAUGUGUAAAAUAAAUUUUAUUAUAAAAUAG